GUCAUUAUCUAUAUCUUCGUUUGGGGCCAAAAAGAAAAACUUGAAUCUUUAAAAUGCCGAUUUGUUUUUAAAGUUUCUUCUACUAUAUCUUCAAUUUUACGAAGUCUGAAAGAAUCAAUGAUCUUGCAGAGUUAAAGAAAAAAGCCAUGCCUACUGUUAUAGUUGUGGAUACUUCUUUAUCCAUGUGCAGACCUGUGCAUAUGAGUGAUGUUUCUGAACAAUUCCAAUAUAGAAACCUUGCUGUUCAUGGGUUAACUUCUUUCUUAGAUUAUAUGAAUAUCAACUGCAAAUUAGAAUUUGCUGCUUUGAUGUCAUUCAGCUCUCAUCGAGAAGUGCCAUUCACCAGAGACUUUGACAGUAUAAAGGGUGCUUUGAUGCAGCUCGAAUACAAUGAGAGAGCUCGUCUAAUAAAGUGCUUGGAAGGAGUGCAGAGUCUUAUAAUGGAGGAAUGGGGUGCUGGUGUACCAUGUCAAGUUCUCUUAGUAACGGAUGGACUUAUAGGACCAGAAGUAGAUUCUUUGAAGAAUGACAUUUUCUACUCUACCACAGAUGAAAUCUCUUCUUUUCCUCUUCCAUUUCCCUUCCCCUGCAAACUUCAUGUCUUGUGUGUUGCCAACCCUUCUUCUGACUCUUCCCUUCAAGCUGCCCUUCCAAUUUAUCAGAAGUUGGUGGACAUGGUUGGGGGUCAAGUAUUUGUACCUGAAGGGCCUCUCAAUUUCAAGAGUGUGCAGGCGAUGUUUUUGAGGGUCGCUGAUUUAUUUUAUAAACCUUUCCACGGUGUUUUGCACUGUGGCCACCUCACAUCCCAUAUUUCACUUUCACCACCCCCUGAGUCGCUUCAUAAAACAUGUGACUUUGAUGUGGUCAGAGCAGAAGUCAGCAACAGCAUUCACAUAUGUGGAUUCAUCAGCAUAGGAGACAUUUCAAGUCCUCCUUCAGUAUCAAGACACUUGGUUCUGCCGCUGCAAAGUUGCAAAAGUGAAGAAGAGGAAGUGAAGCAUCUUGUAAUGAAAAUAGAAGAGGGUGAAGAAGAAGUGACAAAUAAUGAAGAUGGAAAACAACCCUCUUUUUGUGUUCUGUUGCACGGAAGCUUAAAAGUAGAGGGGAUGGUUGCCCUCUGUCAUUUAGGUGGAGAGUUGUAUGGCAUGCUCUAUUCCUGGGCAGAUAGUAAAAAGAAAUCCAAUUUAAUGUUAUCAGUUUUUGAACCAGGAAAUCAUGUUAUCCCAUGGCUUGGAAGUUUUCCUAACAUGGGUUGUUCAGAAUCAGGAUCUGAAACUUUUCCUGUCAAACCAUCUGGGAAAAGAAGUUAUGCUCAGAAUUGUGUUGUAUGGAUUAGACAAUCAGGAUUACAAGCUGAUAUCCAGAAAAUAUUAAGACAUGCUCGAAAACUUCCAGAGAAGACACAGAAUUUUUAUAAAGAAUUGAACAGACUGAGAAGGGCCGCCCUGUCUUUUGGAUUUUAUGAAUUGCUAGAAGGAAUGGCGACCAUACUUGAUCGGGAAUGUACUCUGCUGCCUGGCUCAGCACAUCCGGAUGCUGCAUUACAACUGACUCAUUGUGCGAGCGCCCUCAGGAACAGCACCAAAGACUACAAUUCUCCCAUUCUGCCACUCAGGACUAAGUUUUCGGUAGAUGACUGAAUAUUUUAUACAGGAAUAAAUCAUUUUAAUUUAUUCA